AUGAUCAACUGGGAGCCCGGCCCGUUCUUGCCGUUGGAACCUGCGCGGAACCUCACGUUGGUGGACUAUGGCUGGGGAAGGACGGUCCCCGAGCGCGCGCGCGACGGGGAGGUGGUGCUGGUGUGGCUGCGGGAUAAGUUCGUGCGGAUCGAGCCGUUUUUUAAGGAGCUGGAAGGCGCGGUGAACGUUCGCAUGACGAGCAACCGCGGCGUGCUGACGUGGCUGCAGACGAGGGCGAAAGGGGAGUGGGCGGAGAGGUUUAAGGCGAUGGGGAUGCGGCUGCCAUACGCGCUCGGAUGCUCGCUGCGGUUCCUCAUGCGUCCCAAGCCAGAGGUGCAAGAGCUGUACAGCAGCAUAGAGAGGCGCCUGCGGAGGAGGUCGUGGGCAGGGAAGGCAGGGGCGACUUUCCCAAGCGAGAGGUGCAAGCGCUGUUCCACAGCAUAG